GUACUGCUGCACAUCUUCAGUCAAAACAACAAUCAGCUGGGCGCUCAAGUUUUUUACGCCUACAAAUUACAAAGUAAAAUCAUUUCAGACAGUUAAACAUUUUGUUUUGGCCAGAACAAGCAUGUCUGUUGUACGCCGUGACGUGGCCCCCUUGCUGCAGCGAGUUCGGGCCUUUCUCCUGGGCCGUGAGCACACACAGGCGCUGCGCUUCGAGGAUGGCGUAGCCGAUCGCACCCAGCCACCACCAAAGAUCCCCGAUGGACCCUCGCAGCUGUACUCGGCCAACUACUACUGCCUGCGCGAUGGACGUCGCGAGGUGAAUCCUCCCAUCGAUCUGGUCGAGCAGCAAAAGCAGCUCGCAGCGGAGGGCACUGCGUCGCCCAAGGCGACCAAGUUGCCCACUCCCGGACAGGUCUAUGCCUGGGAUUAAGUUUCUUUUUGGAGUAGCAAUCCCCUCCCCUUUUUUUUGUGUUGUAAAUUGAUUUUAGGCUGAAACUAAAAUAGAAUCCAUGGAAGCCAGUCAAAGUGGA